UUUAACGUCCCUCGAUUUAAUACUUUCAAGUUUCAACUCUCUCUCUCUUCUUUCUCUCUCCCUCACUCUCGAGAGACCAAACCAAACAAACCAAACAAAAUCAGCAUACAAAGUUUUCAACUUUAUCACUCUUGUUUCUUCUAAUAAAACUUUCAUCUCUAUCAACGCUGCCUUGUUUUUUUUUCUUCUCUUUCUUUUGUAGAAUCUUUUUGAUAUUUGAUUAUCAUUUCUUGAGGAAGUUUCCAUUUGGGUUUUUGUUUAUAGAUAGCAUUUUAAUAAAUCAUAAUCGGUUAGUGUGUAUUGAUUUUGAUUUUGUUAACAGAGAGUUUGAAGAAUAAAACUUGAAAAAAAAAAAAACUUUUGUAGUUUAAUCUGAUUCAUUUGUUUUGUUUGUUGAAUUUACAUUCAAAGUUUUAUACUUUUUUUUAUCCGAUGGCUGCUGUUGCUGAAAUUGCCAGUGAACAAACCACCGCCAACAAAACCACCUCCACCACCGCCACAAACACCACCAUCACUACCAAUAACAACGAGAAGAGUAACAAUAAAUUGGAAUUGCCGAAAUCGGAUUCGGAAUUCAAUGUGCAAAAGCUGGUUGAUAUGUUCACAAAGUUGAAUCCUUUGGCUAAGGAGUUUUUCCCUUCUUAUUAUCAUCAAAACGGUGAUGAUAAGAAAAAAAAUUUUGCUAACGAUAAUAAGCAUUCUGCCAAUGAUAAUUUCCCUAGAAGGAGAAGAAAUAAUUAUCCUCAGGGCACGAGGAGGUUGAAUGGGAGAGCUUUUAGAGCUCAACGGGAAGAUAGUAUCAGACGAACUGUAUAUGUUUCUGAUAUUGAUCAGAAUAUUACUGAAGAGCGGCUUGCUGGGCUAUUUAGUAGUUGUGGACAAGUUGUUGAUUGCCGAGUUUGUGGUGAUCCACAUUCAGUUCUUCGUUUUGCAUUUGUGGAGUUUGCAGAUGAGCUUGGAGCUAGAACAGCUUUAAAUCUUGGUGGGACAAUGCUAGGUUACUAUCCAGUUAGGGUGUUACCAUCAAAAACUGCGAUUCUUCCUGUGAAUCCUACUUUUCUCCCUAGGUCUGAUGAUGAAAGAGAGAUGUGUUCCCGGACAGUUUAUUGUACAAAUAUUGACAAGAAGGUUUCUCAAGCUGAGGUUAAAAAUUUCUUUGAGACAGCCUGUGGUGAGGUUACUCGCUUGAGACUUUUGGGAGAUAAUGUCCAUUCAACUCGUAUAGCUUUCGUUGAAUUUGUUAUGGCGGAAAGUGCCAUUAUUGCUCUGAAUUGCAGUGGCAUGGUACUUGGAAGCCAGCCCAUCAGGGUAAGUCCAUCAAAGACACCUGUGAGGUCUCGAGUUACCCGCUCAGCAUUGCAUUAGCUCACAAUUGAGUUUCUUAAGAUCCAGGGAUGGCAUCGGGUGACUUUCUGAGUUGAGAGUUUAACUUUGUUGUGUUGAAGGGAUGGUGAAACUUCCAUUUGUUUUGGUAUUUCCGUCUUUUCUGUUGCAACACUAACUUUUUAUGUGACUGGACAUAUGGUUAUCUGCUUCAGAAUUGAAGUUUUUAGAGGACCAUCUUGAUCUUUUAAGAAAUUUUCAAACAUUCCAUCC